AGCUAUACCCCUACUCAUACCCCUCUUUCCGAUGAAGCCUUUGACGAAGCUGGUAAAAAUGGCGGCACAUAAAUCGUUUCGUAUCAAGCAGAAAUUAGCUAAAAAGCUGAAGCAAAACCGAUCAGUACCACAAUGGGUUUGCUUGCGGACUGGAAAUACUAUACGGUACUGCGCCAAACGUCGUCAUUGGAGGCGCACUAAGUUGAAGCUGUAAAUUUAUGGAUAUGCA